UUUCAUGUGAGUGCACUCGUGAAACUAGGGACUGCCACUGAAAAUGAAUCCAUCAACAUUCUUCUAGGAACGCCCGGAGAAGACGAAAAGACCAGGAGAGUUAUGGCUGGAAGUACUUCGUGCGUUAAGUUGCCAGAGGUGCGUGAGGAUUCUUGUGAAUGCCGAAACUACAACCUCACAACUACUGAACCAUUACUCGAUUUGCCACCCAAGCUACCAGAUAUUACCAAGUUCAACUUCACGAAAUGCAUGCCGGGGUGGACCUGUGACCCGGUGAUUCCACAUUGCGCACCGUGCCCUCCGAAUGAAACCACUACCGGAGCGCCACAGAUUACUGUUGGAACGCAACAGACCGCUACUGGAACGCAACAGACACCUGUGACCAUCCAGCCAUGCUCCACCACAGCGGGCUGUCCUUGGUUAUUGCUUCUGCCUCUGUUGCUGAUCUUCCUGAUCGCAGCCAUCGUGUACCGAAUUUGGCAACUUUACCACCACAAGGAAAACAGCAUUGCCGAAUCUUCCAACUACCCGCCAACUUCACCAGAAAUAUGUAAAUGCAAAAUCCGUUUCGAUGAAAAGGCCGGUGAACCACACAAAGAUCCAGCCGAAUUACCUGCACUCGCCCAUAAAAACCCAGUAUACGAAAGUGUGAACGAGGCUGAGCUGGCUGAUCCUAUGGAGAAAGUGCUCCCGACUAGUAGUAAGGGAGUCGGCGCAACCGAUGAGCCACCUGAGGAAAAGACUGAAGAUAAAGGGAGUAAAAGACGCCGUAAAAAAGUCACAAGUACGAAGGGGGAUGCUGCAAAAUAGGCGGAACCAUAUUUUUAAAAAGUUACCUUUAAAAGAUAACAUUGUGUGUUAAUCGACAAGGUUCUCAUUUACUACUCGUUCAAUAAGUGUUUGUACUGUUUGUUCUCCGGGGUUUUUUUUUUCAAAUAAAAAAUAAGGCAUUUGGACCGUUGGAAAGACAACAUCAAAAUUGGUUUUAUUUUAAUUUCUUCUUCCACCACAAAAAAAGU